UAUUUUAAGGUGACGUGGAUUCGGUAGCUGGAUUGUAUGUUUUACAACACUGAAUAAAAUCUGUAUUUUGGAGGACAGUUUAUGGUCCGCUGUUUGGAAACACGAGCAGAUAAUGAUAUUGCACAUAUGCACUCGGUCUUGACCAGCUGAUAAAGGGAGAAAGCUGAGCCCGAGGAAGGAGUCGAAGCAAUUUAAGAUAGCAUCCGAAACAGGGAUUGUCAUGACACUAAGACUGGCCCGUGGGUGGGCCAUGGGGUCUUGUGUGUUGCUUCUGUGCCUUUUGCCACAGAUUGGAUGGGCCAUCAGUUACAAGCAGGGCGAUCCUGUCAUUCUUUACGUUAACAAAGUGGGUCCUUAUCACAACCCCCAGGAAACAUAUCACUAUUAUACGCUGCCUGUCUGCAGACCUAAAGAGGUGCGUCAUAAAGCCUUAAGUCUUGGAGAGGUUUUAGAUGGGGACAGGAUGGCAGAGUCUUUGUACAAGAUCCACUUCAGGGAGAACACAGAAAGACAGAUAUUGUGCCAUCUCACCCUCUCUGAGAAAGAGGUUGAUCAGCUGAGAGAAGCUAUUGAGGAGCUGUAUUACUUUGAAUUUGUCCUGGAUGAUAUUCCUAUCUGGGGAUUUGUGGGAUACAUGGAGGAGAGUGGUUUCCUGCCUCACAGUCACAAGGUGGGGUUAUGGACUCACUUGGACUUCAACAUCGAGUAUAAUGGUGACUCUGUCAUCUUCGCCAAUGUGUCAGUUAAGGAUGUGAAGCCGGUGCCCCUGGAGGAAGGAGGUGGUGGGGCAGGCCAGGGGACCGGGGGCAGCAGUGAAGGACUCUCAGUGACUCACACUUACAGUGUGCACUGGUUUGAAAGCCCUUUGCCUCAUGCACGCAGGGCUGAGCGCCUCCGAGAUUACUCCUUCUUCCCAAAGACUCUGGAGAUCCACUGGCUGUCAAUUAUCAACUCGUUGGUGCUAGUGGUACUGCUGCUGGGCUUUGUCAUCAUCAUCCUCAUGAGGGUGCUAAAGAACGAUUUUGCUAGGUAUAAUGUAGAGGAAGAUGGCAGCUGUGAUGAUCUGGAUCAGGGAGAUAAUGGCUGGAAGAUCAUUCAUACUGAUGUCUUUCGCUUUCCACCAUACAAGAGCUUGCUAUGUUCUGUUCUGGGAGUGGGAGCACAGUUUCUCACUCUGGCCACAGGAAUCAUUGUCAUGGCAUUGCUGGGGAUGUUUAACGUGCAUCGCCAUGGUGCCAUAAACUCUGCAGCAAUUGUGCUUUAUGCACUGACAAGUUGUGUGUCAGGAUACUGCUCCUGCAACUUCUACACCCAGAUCCAUGGGCAACGCUGGGUCUGGAACAUCAUCCUCACGUCCUCCCUCUUCUCUGCUCCUCUCUUUCUGACCUGGAGUGUAGUAAACUCUGUUCACUGGUGGAGUGGUUCCACGCAAGCCCUCCCUGCCUCCACUGUGCUCCUGUUGCUAUGUGCUUGGGUGUUAGUAGGCUUUCCCCUCACAGUCAUUGGGGGAAUUGUGGGUAAGAAUCGGGCCGGCAGCUUCCAGGCUCCAUGCCGCACACGCAACAUCCCCCGACAGAUCCCCCAGCAGCCCUGGUACAAACACACAGCUGUGCACAUGGCCAUCGGAGGAUUCCUGCCUUUCAGUGCCAUCUCAGUGGAGCUGUACUACAUCUUUGCCACCGUGUGGGGAAGAGAGCACUACACUCUUUAUGGCAUCUUGCUCUGCGUCUUUGCCAUUCUGCUCUCCGUGGGGGCCUGCAUCUCCGUAGCGCUCACGUACUUCUUGCUCUCAGGCGAAGAUUACCGCUGGUGGUGGCGCAGCAUCCUGAGCACAGGCUCCACUGGCCUCUUUAUAUUUGUCUACUCUCUCUUCUACUACCACAAUCGUUCCAGCAUGAGCGGUCUGGUGCAGAGUGUGGAGUUCUUUGGCUAUUCCUUACUCACAGCCUUCGUCUUCUCUCUCAUGCUGGGGACCGUUUCAUUCUGGGCCUCGCUGGCUUUCAUCCGUUACAUCUACCGCAGCUUAAAGAUGGACUGAUUGAGAGCAUAAAAGACACUUUCUUUCUCUCUCUGUCUCUUUCUCUCCUUCUCUCUCUGUCUCUCUAUUUCUCUGCCUUUUUGGACAAGAACAUUGGCCUCAUGCACCAGUGCCCAAGGAGCCUACACAAGUUUUGAUUUGCUGGAAUGUUAAAUUCCAUCGCCAAACUACUUGCAACGUCAAAAUCAAUGAGUCAUGAAAAAGAAUGAAACAAGUGGCUAUUCGAGAAAUGGAAUCCAAACCGUCUGUUUUACACCUUUGAGAUUUUCUCAAUGAGACCAGGGUACUUUACAUUCUUAAAGGAAUACCUUUUUCAACCUCUUUUCAUCUCUUAUCAGCUGCAUCUGUAGCUUAUGAUCUGUUGCCACUGACAGUAAUUUCUCUGUAUGUUUUAAGCAUGUUUUAAGUCAUCAAGAUUUUCUGUUUUUUACUAAGUACAAGAAAACUUGACAUGUGUCCAUGUUAAUCGAUCAUAUGUUACAGAUGGAGCAAAUGGAAAUUAGGUUGUAAAAAUGCAGGAGUAUUCCUUUUAAGGUACAUAGCUGUUAGAAUAUAUGCUCAGCAAAUACUAGACAUGUAUCUGGUUCACAUCUGGUUAAGUCAAGACAGUUGAGUUAAACAGUUGCAUGUUCAGUCAUUGCACUGUUGCCACAACAGUUUACUAAAAUCAGAUCCGACUUGUCGUUAGUGGCAUUCGGACUGUUGAUUGCAUAGUUCAUUCAAAAGCAUUGACUUGCUGUUUAAAAUUAAACCAAGAAAAUGUCUCUACGUGGACUGGUAUUUCCGAUGGCAUACAAGAAGCAGAAAAUACUUUCAUCCAUAUAACUCAUGGCAUAUGAAGGACCUGAGUCUAUAUAAAUUUACAAAAGGGACAUGGGAUUUUUCAAAAAGGGUUGCUUUGGACACUGUGUAACAUGUCAGUUGAGCAAGUGGUGCAUUGAAUAUAUGUGAGGGAACAUAGUUUUAAUUUGGAAAAGGGUAUUUAUGACAAAUGAGCAGGGAAGAGAGGCAUAAUGUUUACUUGAGGAAAGCUACUUCUGUUCCACUCUACAAAUUCAGUCUGGCAUUCCUCCAAUACUGAAUCAUCUGUUUUGUUGUGAGACAUAUAGACCAACUGCUAUGUCCACAAUACCAGCCCUAUGUUCAAAAGUAUCCAGAGGCCACUUCUAGUUGCUCUAAGUUGCAUUUAUUACUUACGCAGAUGUUUAAGUUUGCGCAUACAUCUUAUACAAUCUUCAUAGAACAGCAUUGAGCUUUAGAAUGGGACACUUUGGCGCAGCCGCACGUGAACCUAAGGUCACUAUAUCCCAUGCCAGUCAGUUAGAGGACACAUCCAGAUGACUUUCGUUUGUUAUCUAGAACUAUUCAUCCAACAUCAGUAUCUGACCUCACUUGUGGUUGCAUGCAAUCUAAUCCUUACAGCAGUGUUCCAACAUCUAGUAUAAAGACGAGUGAAAGCUGUUAUUAUAAAACAAAGGGGAAAACAAAGUCCCUUUUAAUAUGCUUCAUUUUCAGAUUGGAUGAGCAGGUACUGACAAACUUUUGGAUACAUAAUGUAUAUGUUAAAGCAGAAUUAACUGAUUCGUGCUCUGCCCAAAAUGCAUUUUUUCAUAGCAACUCCCUUGCAGGUUAGACAAGUUUUUUUCAGAAUAUUGGCAAAAAUCUUAUUCAACCUAAUGAGAAAAACUACAGUCACCCCUAGUCAUAUUACAUGAGUGAAAACAAUUACACAUCUUCUACAGGAGUGGUUCCCAACAUGGUCCUCAAGGCCCCCAGAUGGUCCACAUUUUUUGCUGCAACACAACUCUCUGUACGUAGGGAUGAAGGAAAAAUAUGGACUAUCUGGGUGGCCCUGAAAACCAGGUUAGGAACCACUACAUUACAAAGACAUAAAAAUAAACACCAGUUGUGCAUUAAAAUGUAUAGAAGUAUGUUAAGUUCAGCAAAUAAAUAGUAAUUGUGUAUUGAAAGUAGCAGAAAAAUGUCAUGUUUAAAUUUGUUCCCUGUAGAGGAUGUGAUAACUUAUUUAUAUUUAGAAAAUCAACAAAACAUUGAAUUUAACUAACUUAAAAUUCUCUACAUAAUGUGAGGUUUUCAGUUUAAAAUGUGUAAUUACUGAGCUGGACUGGUUUAGCUAAUCCAAAGUAAGCAGAUUGGAAAUGAGAAAUUUGCCACUGCGCUAACAUUAACAUUAUUAUGUGACAAAAAUAAUACCUAAUAAAUCCUACCAGUGUAACCUUUCACACGCAUACAAAUUUAAUGUCAUUUACAAUACUGCACUCUUCAUUGACAUAUUUUGAGUUGUGCACUAGUUUCUUAUUAGGUUGAAUGGGAUUUUUGCUAGAGUUCUGUAAAGCUUGUUUAACUCAGCAACAGUUGCCACAAAAGAGCACAUGGAUAGAAAAGGCUGAGCUUUGAACGAUCCUUCAUGUACCAUGGGCUUUUAUUGGUAAUAACAAAUAUAUGUACAAAUCACUGCUAUGAAUGUGUGGAGUGGAACAGUAUAAAAGCUUGUGAGAUUCAGGAUGGAUUUUAUCAUGCUCAUAUGAUGUGGGACAUGGGAGCAAUAUGUACAAUAGUCACCAGUUACUGUGAUCUUACUUCUGCUGUACAUAUACAAUCUUUUCAAUAAAGCCACCCUUUUUCUUACAAAAAA